AAAAAAAAUGGAUAUUUCAAACUGAGAUCUCGAAAGAAAAAUUCACCCAUUAUUUAUUUUUUCCUCCUCACGUCCAUUUUCUACCCCUUUAUAUUUGCAAAAUUCAUAUUUAAUUUUGAGUAUAAUAGGGUAUUUACAGCCAGGAUAGUAGCCCAAACUAAUGCCUCCCUAAUGUGCUUGGAAUUUCUGCUUUUUGUCAGUAAAUAUUCUGUGAGCGGGGACUUCCCUGGUGGUGCAGUGGUUAAGAAUCUGCCUGCCAAUACAGGGGACACGGGUUCAAGCCCUUGUCCAGGAAGAUCCCACAUGCCGCAGAGCAACUAAGCCUGUGUGCCACAACUACUGAGCCCGCGCUCUAGAGCCCACGAGCCACAACUACUGAGCCCACGCGCCUACAGCCCGUGCUCCACAGGAGAAGCCACAACAAUGAAAAGGACAUGCACCACAAUGAAGAGUAGCCCCCGCUCACCGCAACUAGAGAAAGCUCGCGCGCAGCAACGAAGACCCAACAUAGCCAAAAAAAAGAAAAAAAAAAAAGAAGGCAGUAAUGUACAUAAUGAUGGCACAGUUUUUAAUUCCUUCCUUUAUUAACUUAACAUUUCCAAGCAAACGUCUAUGUGAUUGCUACUGUUUAUCCUUUAUCAUCAUGGCAAGAUUUUUCUCCCCUAAGAUGAUUUACAAAGUUCUUGUUAAAUUCUCACAUAAUACUCAUUUUGGGUUGGCAUUUAUUUGCUGUUUCACUGCUUAUAAGUAGAAGUGUAGUCCGUCUUCAUGAAACAGCAGAUGUGCUGGGCACUACUUGCACUAUAGCGUUCCUUAGUCACUGUUGGCAUACCUCAGGCAUAGCCGCACUGGCAGAAAGUAGAUUCCUAAAGAGGAGUAAGAGAGUAUUAGUUUGAGAGAUUGAAGAGCUAGUGGAACGACCAUAAGGUGGUGAAAAGCAAAUCUACUUAGCUUUUUGGAUAUUUCAGAAAUUUAAAGCAGCUUUUCUUUCUUUAGAGCAUCCUAGUAGAAAUUAUUACCUUCCUGAGAUAAUAGUUUGUUUAUGCUUAUUUGUAAAGAUACUUUAAUCCAUUUACCAUUUAUGUUGCCUACCCUGUGUACUCCGGUGUCAGAUAGACAGUGACAAGAACAAGCAUGUUUUCUGUGCUCUAGAGGCAAGUAGUAUAAUGUUCAGCAUGUAAAUUAUAUUUGAUGUAUAUGUUUCACACAUUCAUCUUGGGACAAAUUUUAUUAGAAGCAUGUCAACAGGAUUUUCAGCUUUUUAAGGGGUACAUUUUGUAUCAGUGAGCUUACCUCUUGGUUCUUCAGUCCCUCUUAUUUUCCUUUCAUGUUCUUUGUUCAUUUCCUUUUUAUAUUGUCGUCCUCCCUCACCCUUAUUAACAUAGAUGUUCUGAGUCAGCUGGUUGGAAAUAAUUCAGGAAGCCCUAGGACAGUUGGAAGCAUGAGCUGGCUAUUAGAGGUAGAAAAACUAUCUAAUUUUCUGAGAUUAUUAUGAACCAAAGGAAUUUGGUUCAGAGUGUGCACUUCAUUCAAAAUCCUUAUUAAAUAUUGUUAAGCAUAUUAUAUGCCAGUAAAUAGCUUUAAUGUGUCAAAAAAUAAAAUCUUCAAUGCCAUACUCAACUUGUAAAGAAAAGCACUUAAUUUUUUGAAAAGAGUUUUACAUGUCAGCAAGAGAAUAACAGAAGUUGGGUUUUUUUUUAUUAAACCACAGGUUUAAUAAAAAACUACCAGGUUGAUUUUCAGUGAAAAUAUUUCAUAUGUGCAAAUUAUAAAUUUUUGCUUUAGCUGAUAAUUGAUAAUAGAGUAUCUUAGGGUUAAAACACUGCAUAAAAUACAAUUUAAAAGUGGAAAUGCCUGUUGGCAUCCUAGUACUUUUAGCAGGAAUAUCAACCUAUUGAGCUAAUACCGGUUAGCAAAGUAAGAUUUUUGGACCACCAAAACAAUUGUUCUGCAGUUUCAAUUCUGAACGUUUUAUGUUUGCUAACUUAAUUAAUUUUCUUAACUUUGAGGGAGAUACUGUCAUUAUCUCCAUCCUUUCAGAUGAGACCAAAAACAGACAGAGAAAGUUACCCAAAGGCACAUAUAGGUAGUAGCCCAGCAUUUUAACAUAGGUAGACUGACUCCAGAGAACUCAACCAUCAAAAAGGAAUUAAAAAUUGAAAAGGAAUUCUCUUCUUUUUCCCUUAAAGAAUGGCCAUUUGAGUGUCUAAUUGAGUUCUGAAGAGGCAUCACUGAAGAAAAAAAUAUUAAGCCUAGUCAUAAAGCCAAAUUUCCUGCGUGGGCUCCAACCUCAUAGGAGAACUCUUGCUCAGAGGAAUUAAGGAAGUUGCUCAAAGUCAAAACUACUGGAGCUAGAAAUCAAACCAAGUCUUUCUUUUUUUUUUUUUAAUUUAUUUAUUUUACUUACCUAUUUUUGGCUGCAUUGGGUCUUUGUUGCUGCACGCGGGCUUUCUGUAGUUGCAGCGAGCGGGGGCUACUCUUCAUUGCGGUGCAUGGACUUCUCAUUGUGGUGGCUUCUCUUGUUGCGGAGCACAGGCUCCAGGCACGUGGGCUUCAGUAGUUGUGGCACGCGGGCUCAGUAGUUGUAGUUUGCGGGCUCUAGAGCACAGGCUCAAUAGUUGUGGCACACGGGCUUAGUUGCUCCGUGGCAUGUGGGAUCUUCCUGGACCAGGGCUCGAACCUGUGUCCCCUGCAUUGGCAGGCGGAUUCCUAACCACUGACCGCACCACCAGGGAAGUCCCCAAACCAAGUCCAAAAUCUAUGCAUCCCACUGGAGCCAGUUGACACUUGUUUUUCUGGUGGCGUGAAACUAGACUGGGCAAUCCUUGCCUGACUUAUAGUUGUCCCAAGGCCUCAGCUGACCCCAGAGUUAUGAUAUGAAAGGAAAUAUGAAGAGCAGGUUAUAAACCACCCUCUAUAUUCCUGGUGUUAAUUCAUCUCAAAGGCCACUCUGCAUCCUCUUUGAUGGUAUUAGUGUGAGGCUUUGAGGGUUGCACAGUGGAUGACUCAGUCCUCUAUGAAGAAGUCAUAAAAAUCGCCUUUGGGUAGAAAGAUGAACUUUUGAAACACAGGCGAACACUUGCACUGAAGCACAAUUUUAAAUGAAUGAAUUUCAUUGCUACAUCCUACUACCAUCUAAGGAAAGAUGAGAAAUCUACUAAUUCAUACACUGAAAGAUCUUACCCUUUUUUGCCAACUGUGUUGCCUUUAGUUCCCAUACCAAAUUCUUAAAAAAUUCAAGCAGAACACCUUUUUUUUUUUUAAGCCUGCUUAUAACUUUACCACAACGGAUCAAUUUUAAAAUAAGUUUUCAGCACAGUUAAUAAUCAACAGAAAUUUACUGGGAUCAUCAUGUUGAGAGGGCACUAUAAGUGGUCCUGAGAGAAGUCUUGAGCUCAACUCAGGGAAUACGGUGUGUAAAAUAGCUCAAUAUUAGACAUCAGUGAGUGGAACUGUGUGUGAAUAAAAUGUUGCAGGACUUUAUAUGGGGUGAUCCAGAGAUGUUUCACCAAGGAGGAGGAAUUUGUGUUGAGCUUUGAAGCCUAGGUAGUGUAAGGUUCCUUGGUGUGGAAUGGGGAGAACAUUUGAAGCAAGAGGAAUAUCUAAUGAAGUCCACUGGCAGGAAGAUCUUAAAGAAUUUGGCCACCUACUCUUCUAACACCAAGAGGAGGGAAUAUAAAUGGGAGCAUUAUCCAAGCGGAAAAAAGAGAAUGUUUGGCAGAUCCCAGGGAAUUCUGCUGUGUUGGAGUAGAAGAACAUCAUGCUGUUGACAUUGACCUAUAUCACUGUCCCAACUGUGCAGUUCUACAUGGUUCCUCCUUGAUGAAAAAGAGGAGGAACUGGCACAGGCACGACUACACAGAAAUUGAUGAUGGUUCCAAACCAGUGCAGGCUGGAACUAGAACUUUUGUGAAGGAAUUACGUUCUCGAGUCUUCCCAAGUGCCGAUGAAAUCAUUGUAAAGAUGCAUGGCAGCCAGCUGACACAAAGAUACCUGGAGAAACAUGGAUUUGAAGUCCCUAUUAUGGUCCCCAAAUUAGAUGAUCUAGGACUCAGGCUCCCUCCACCUACUUUUUCUGUUAUGGACGUGGAACGUUAUGUAGGUGGUGACAAAGUGAUAGAUGUCAUUGAUGUGGCAAGGCAGGCAGACAGCAAAAUGACACUUCACAAUUAUGUUAAAUACUUCAUGAAUCCUAACAGACCAAAAGUGUUAAAUGUGAUCAGCCUUGAAUUUUCAGAUACAAAGAUGUCUGAAUUGGUGGAGGUUCCUGAUAUAGCCAGAAAACUUUCCUGGGUGGAAAAUUAUUGGCCUGAUGAUUCAGUCUUUCCCAAGCCAUUUGUUCAGAAAUACUGCUUAAUGGGAGUUCAAGACAGCUACACAGAUUUCCACAUUGACUUUGGUGGGACUUCAGUUUGGUACCAUGUCCUCUGGGGCGAGAAGGUUUUUUAUUUGAUAAAGCCAACAGAUGACAAUUUGGCACUCUAUGAAUCUUGGAGUUCAUCUGUGACCCAGAGUGAAGUGUUCUUUGGAGAUAAGGUGGAUAAAUGCUACAAAUGUGUGGUAAAGCAGGGACAUACCUUAUUUGUUCCUACAGGGUGGAUUCAUGCUGUGCUCACUUCUCAGGACUGUAUGGCUUUUGGGGGGAACUUUCUGCACAACCUUAACAUUGGCAUGCAGCUCAGGUGUUAUGAGAUGGAAAAAAGGCUAAAAACACCAGAUCUUUUCAAAUUCCCUUUCUUUGAAGCCAUAUGUUGGUUUGUAGCCAAAAACUUGCUGGAGACCCUAAAAGAACUGAGAGAAGAUGGUUUCCAGCCUCAGACUUACCUAGUACAGGGAGUGAAAGCGCUGCAUACUGCUUUAAAAUUAUGGAUGAAAAAAGAACUUGUAUCUGAACAUGCCUUUGAAAUUCCAGACAAUGUUAGACCUGGACAUCUUAUUAAAGAACUUUCUAAAGUAAUUCGAGCAAUAGAGGAGGAAAACGGCAAACCAGUUAAAUCUCAGGGAAUUCCUACUGUAUGUCCAGUUUCACGAUCCUCAAAUGAAGCAGCUUCCCCAUACCAUUCCCGACGAAGGAUGCGGAAACUUCGAGAUCAUAAUGUCCGAACUCCUUCUAACCUAGACAUCCUGGAGCUCCACACGAGGGAGGUGCUCAGAAGACUGGAGAUGUGUCCCUGGGAAGAGGACAUUUUGAGCUCUAAACUGAAUGGAAAAUUCAACAAACAUCUCCAGCCAUCUUCCACCGUACCUGAAUGGAGAGCGAAAGAUAAUGAUCUCCGGUUACUGCUGACAAAUGGAAGGAUAAUUAAGGAUGAGAGACAACCCUUUACAGAUCAGAGUCUUUAUACAGCAGACAGUGAAAAUGAAGAGGAUAAGAGAAGGACAAAAAAGGCAAAAGUGAAGAUGGAAGAGAGCUCAGGAAUAGAGGGGGUGGAGAAUGAAGCAUCUCAGAAACCACUUAACAGGUUUUUAACAAGUGUGAAAUCAGAACUCAGGAAUCGAUCAUCAGAAUAUUCUGAUAUUUCUGAUUCAGAAGACUCUGGACCUGAUUGCACCGCACUGAAAAAUAAUUUUACCACUGAAGAGUCUGAAAGUUCAGGUGAUGAAAAGAAACAAGAAAUUACAUCAAACUUUAAGGAAGAAUCUAAUUUGAUGAGGAGCUUCCUUCAAAAGAGCCAGAAGCCAUCUAGGAGCGAAAUUCCAGUUAAAAGGGAGUGUCCUACCUCGACGAGCACAGAGGAAGAAGCUAUUCAGGGCAUGCUGUCUAUGGCAGGGUUGCACUAUUCCACGUGUUUACAAAGGCAGAUACAAAGCACAGACUGCGGUGGUGAAAGACACUCUCUCCAGGAUCCCAGCAGCUGCCGCAGCAGUAACCAUGAGGUUAGGCAGCUGUAUCGCUGUGAUAAGCCAGUGGAAAGUGGGUAUCACGUCAAGACUGAAGAUCAAGACUUGAGGAGUUCUUCCUGGAUUAAACAAUUUGAUACAACUUCCAGAUUUAAUCGUCAGGAUCUAAGUAGAGGCCAGAAAUGCAUCAGAAAGGAAGUUUCAUCAGAAAUCAGUCAGAAGGUACAAAGUAGGAAUUCUGUGGACAGCAGUGGCUCAAGCCCUCAGAAUGGAAAGUAUAUGCAGAGUUCAAGCUUGAUGUCAGGGGCAUGCCAGAUAAGUAAUGGCAGUGUAAGCCCAGAAAGGCCUGUUGGUGAAACUUCCUUUUCAGUGCCCCUUCACCCCACCAAGAGACCUGCAUCAAAUCCACCACCUAUCAGCAACCAGGCAACAAAAGGUAAACGUCCAAAAAAAGGAAUGGCAACAGCCAAACAACGUCUUGGGAAGAUCCUUAAAUUGAACAGAAAUGGCCACGCACGUUUCUUUGUGUGACGGAGCUGCGGUUGUGGUCACUCUUCCUUUCGGAGACCGGUCUCGGGGUACGGGAGCCUGGAGCUUCCGCGCGCCCCCGCUGAAGCAGUUUGCAUGUACCGUAGGGAACACUGCCUGAAGAACAAAAUGAACCUGAUGCUGCAUUUUCACUGUGCCACACCCACUCAGCAAUAACCAUUUUGGACCUGGUGGGGAGAGGAAGAAGGAGGGUAGAACCUUAAAAAGAGACCUUGAACUGGAAAGGGUCUCUUGUCAGGGCUUGAAUUUCAUUUUGUUGUUGGUAGUGUUUUGAUUUGUUUUCUGUGGUAGGGUAAAGAAUUAUCAAUAAUUUAUUUAACAGAUUUUUUUUUAAAGUUAACAGCUUUUAAAUUCUUUCUUUUUUAAAGCUAUUUAUUUGGAAGAUUUCUGGAGAAAUAUCUCACUAAUUUAGAUUUAAGAAUGUGAAGGUUUUUAAAUUAUUUUUGAUAGUGUGUGUGUUACAUGUGGGGAAGAGCCACGGUAACAGUAACUAGUCUGGACUCUUAAAUUUGCUAUUCAGGUUAAAGUCUUAAACAGGGAUUUGAUGCAUUAAUUAUUUUAAAUUAAGAUGUAUAUGAAAAUCAUUUUAUUUUAUAUAAUUCAUGUGUUUUUUAUAAGCUAUUAGCUUCGCUUUUGCUAACAUCCAAGGUGCAUACUGUUAUCCAGGUCGAUUACCUAUAUCCCACCUUCCCUCUGCACUCCCCAUCAUUUCAUAACGACACAAGACUCUUCUCUUUGCAGGGAAAUACUUUCAUAGCCAAUGUGUAAGAACUACAUAGAAGACCCCACAUGUCUCAUUUCAUUUGACAUUGCAGUUUUCUUCUAAAUAGAAAAAUAGGCUUCUUGCAUUUUCAUUUUUUGCUGAUGAUAUCUGGGUCCCAAAGAGUACAGCUUUAAUAUCUUUUUCCUACUUGUGGGAAAAGUAUUAUAAGUUUGGUUAAAUUGUCAUGUUUGUAGUUUUUCAAAUACAUUUGUAACUACAGAGGGCCUUCUUCAUACUACUGGUAUUGGAGGGCAGGACCAACACCUGCCACAGAGGUUAUAUUUUAUGACGCUUUUAUUCUGUAUACCUAAUUUGUUGGAAAAUAUGAAAUAUGGUUUGACUUAGAAUAUUCAAAUCUGCAUAAUAAGCCGUAAUAUAAUAAGACUAUACUAUAUUAAGUUGUAUAGAAGCAAGCAUGUUGGAGUAGAUGAUUUGGGUGUGUGUGUGUGUGUGUGUGUGUGUGUGUGUGUGUGUGUGUGUUUAGUUUUUUAUUUCUUAACCUUCUAAAGAAUUAUUUAAGAUACGGAUUUGGAGUAAAAUGGGUGCUUUUUGCAGUUUCUUCCAUCUAUCCUAACUUAACCAGUGCAUAGUGAGGUUAAGUAUCUGGUUGAGCUUUAAGGAAUCAUUUCUCUCCUUUGUGCACAACUUUUACUAAGUGCCAGUUUUCAGUUGCUUGCAAUAGCUUAUAUUUUCCUUUUCCUCCCCCCAUGACAUAAAAACAAGUGAUUUCUGCGGGGGUGGGGUGGGGUGGGGCGGUGGAGAUAUUCCCAGUUCUGACAAUAGAGCAUUUUACAAGUUCCUACAAAGAAAAUAUAGGCAAAUUGGAUAAAAUUUAUUUUUAUGGAGAAGAAAUACGGCCAUAUUAUGGGUUUGUCUUUUUUUUUUUUUUACUCAGCAAGGUAGCAGGACUUUCCCUUCUGUAUUAAGUAUCACUUGAAGAGCUAAGAAAAAAAAAAGUCUAUACCAUUAUCUUUCAUGGUCACAUUCAAAUGUGUAUUUUCAAAGAGAAAUAUUUCUUACUCUGCCUCCGUUCCAAUAUUUCAUGGAAUAUAUAUGAAAUAUCUUACAAAUGAGCCUUUUUGGUCCAAGUGACUGGACCACUGUCUGGGUCUUAUCUGGGUGUCAGGGAGAAGAAUUUUUAUGGGAGUACUAAAUGUCUAUAAUAGGCCUACUUAAACUCUGUACGCUAUGCCAAAACUAGGCAGAGAUAGGUACAGUCAGUCAUUUGUUGGUCAUCAGAGCUCAAGACGUCAAAAAUGUGGGUCUGCCUGUUUCUCCCACCUUCCCCACACAAUAUAUUACUGUGAUGUUUUGGUUUUCUGUAGACACCAUUUUAGGGUUAAAAUACACAUGUUUUGAUGUUAGUUUAAGCAUUGAGAAUUAUAAUUUCUUUUUCCAGCUACAUUAUGAUUUGGGUUCUUUUGUUGCCUUUACAUUUUUCACAGCUCUAAGUAUUUUUAAUUACCUUUUUUUUCUUAGCUAUAAAAAUGAAAAUAAAUAAUUUAUUUUUAUGAAUUAAAAUUGUAGCCAGUAUCUGCCUUGUGUACUUAGGCUGGUAAAUACUAAUUUUAAGUAGCCAGUAUGUUGAACUUUUAAGUGAAGGAACUGUGGAUUCAUUUUUGGCAGUGUUAGCCCAUUAACUGGCUAAGUUCAAAAAACUUUCAGUAACAUGAAAUAACCACUAAAACAGAAUACAUGUAAUCUUUUUGUGUAUUGGUAAAAAUCCAGCCACUGAUCCAGUGACUUCCUUGUCAAACCUCUUGUAAAAUCACUGGCUGUGAUGCAUCCCUUUAUCUUGUAGAAAUGACAGAACUUUGAAGUAACAGCUUCUGGACUCGACUGCAAUAGACAGCCUUUCCCUCAGUCUCAUUUAUUAUGUGUUGUAUAGACCCUGCAACCUAGGAAGACACCAGUGGUGGCAUUUAGCUAGUUAUAAGCAAAUACAAAUUAUGUCAAACACUUACGAUUUAACAUAUGCAAUUUUAAGUGUAGUAGUAGGUAAUCAUUUUCCUGUAUUGAUUCAAAUAAGUGACUUCUGUUAACCUGGGAUCCCCUGUACUGUAAUUCAUAACGUCACAUAAUAUUAUGCUCUCCAGUAUUGAUUAACGGUGUAAACUGUACAAAGCUGGCAGUUUAUAAUAGUUCAAUACCUAGAAAUACUUUGAACUUCAUAAGUAUCAGUUAAUUUUUAAAGCAUACAGAAUUGAAAAUUCUGACCGAAACCAUCUUAUAAACUCAGAAAAGAAGCCCAUCUUUAUCACUACUUAGCACUGAAUACUGCUUUAUUUUUUUUGCUCUAUUUUUUAAUAAUCCUAGUUAUUGCCUUUUUAAUGAACUCUACUGUAUUUAUUCAUAUGAGAUCAGCAGGUAUUUAUCAGACAUCUACUAUGUGCCCAGCACUACUUAGUACUGUGGGGGGCAUAUAAAGUUGAAGCUGUAUUGUUUGCUCUUGAAGGUAUCUUCUCCAGGAAAUAAGCAGUAUUAUUUUCACUUCUAAGCAAACUUAAGCAAGAGGGCCCAUUCAUAAAACAAAACUUUAUUAGUUUUAACAGAGAUACACUAUACAACUGUAGAGGUAGAAGUAAAAAAAAGUUUUUUUAUAUUUUCAAAAUUUGAAAAACAUUUCAAAAGUUAAUAAUUAAAUGUUCAUAAUCAUAGGGGCAUGUUAUAGCAUGAAAGGGAGCAGAAGACCUCGGUGUUUGUCCAAGUUCUGCCCUUUAUGUUUCAGCUGUGUGACCUUGAAGAAGUCAUUUAUUCUUUCUGAGUCUUAGUUUUUGCAUUUGUAAAUUUGGAUCAAAAUGCAGUUAAGAAAAACACAGAAAAGCAUUCCUUAAUCUAUUAACACUUCAUAUUUGCAGAGGAUUUAUCAUUAUUUAAGUUACAGCUGACAACAAAUGCACAUUUAUAUGCUUUUUUUUUUUUUUUUUUUUUUUUUUUUUUUUUAGCGGUACGCGGGCCUCUAACUCUUGUGGCCUCUCCCGUUGCGGAGCACAGGCUCCGGACGCUCAGGCUCAGCAGCCAUGGCUCACGGGCCCAGCCGCUCUGUGGCAUGUGGGAUCUUCCCGAACCGGGGCACGAACCCGUGUCCCCUGCAUAAGCAGGCGGACUCUCAACCACUGUGCCACCAGGGAAGCCCUAUAUGCAUUUUUAAAUGAAAACUGCUGUUACUCAUAAAAUUUGCUUCAUAUCAAAUAUAUGCCCAGAGCUUGCUACCUAAAAAAUCUGAAGAAUCUCUAACAAGAUGCUGAAUUAAAGUCAAAAUCAGUGCAUGAAGUGAAAGAAAAAGGAAUGAGAUACUUUAUGGAUAAGAGUGAGAAUGUUUAUCCUCAAGUAAUCAUUAAGAUGAUUUAAAGUAAUUAAAAGAUAAUUUUAGGUUUUUCUCAAAGAGUACUGCUUCAUAGAUUGUGCAUACUCUUCAGGGCACUAGCAUAAGGUAAAAUAAGUCAUGGAAUGAAAAUGAUUUAACAUCCAUCCAUGGUACUAGAGCAGGAAAAUAAGAUGGUAGAUAGAUGGGGAUCAGCAAAGACAGCUCUGAGUUGGCCAACCAUGGCUCGUUGGGUAGAGAGAGAAACAAACCACUGUAGUGUAGGGAGACUCGGCCAGAUUCUGCUUUUUUCAAGAAAUGCUCUUUAUAGUGAUUAGUCAACUCCCCAAAGAGCUGAUGAAUAAUUGUAUGGCCCAGUAUACUACUGCCAGAAGUAGCUAUUGCAGUAUGUGAGCAUUUUAUGAUUUCAUAUUAAGAGAUGAGGGUUUUAUAUAAAUUUGAAAUUUUUUCAAAAGUUCGUUUUUCACGUUAAUUAUUAAGCUAAUUGCUUCCUCCAAAAAGAGAAGUUAAAGAUCACCAGUCAUUUUCAGAUGCCGUAGACCUUCAUCUAAAGCAGUUUUGAGAAGGUUGAACAUCAGAUCUUUAGCUUAAGAAGAGAGACAAAUGAAACCCAGCGAGCGCAGUGACUCGCCUGGGGUCACAGUGGAUCCCAAACCUCUGGUACUUUGCUUCCUACAGCAGCCCCUGUUCUGUGACACUGUGAGGCCUCUGCUCAUCCUGUGGCGGGUGAUGUUGAUACACUUUCUAGAAGCCAGGUGGAAAGAAAGGGGAAGAAGUCACAUACUACUCACUACAUUGCUGUUGAACGUAAUGUAAUUUUAAUAAUGGAGCCUUACUAAAAGCCCUUCCGUUAUUUUUGCUUUUUUUUUUCAGUGAACGUCAUGCCGUAAGUCAAAUAUUUGCUAUCCCUUCCAUAAAAAAUUUUUAAGUUAAGGACGUUAAGAAGCAAAUGCCUGUUUUCAAAGCAAUUAGCUUAUUGUGACUGUGGUUUUAUUCUGUUAUGGUGGGGUUUUUUCCCCUUUAAUGGGUAUGGGAAAAUAAUACUCAUUAAGCUGCAUUCUACCCCUUAGAGUCUCCCUCUCACCCUUCCUGUCCUUCCUAGUGUCCUGAAGCUUUGUCUUAACAAGCGCAACAUUACAUUUCCUUUGUUAAAGCCUUUUUGAAACUCUAUUCAGUGAUUCUUCCAACAAGUGUAUCUGCUCUGCACUAUUUCACUAAUAAACCCUGGCUACCACGUAGCCCCUGACCUCCAAGUAGCUUACCUAUGCAAGACCUGUGACAUCCUGAAUUCACUUUUCUUUAUUUCAGAAAGCACCCCUAAAUGGAACUUAAUCAAAGAUAAACCUUGUCUCCACCCAGUUUUAUUUUGGCCAUUUCCUAUUCAAAAUGUCAGCUAUUUUCCCCCAAGAUUUUUCACCAAAACAGUGAUCAUAAGUGCUGGAAUAUAUACUAUUUUGCAGGAAUAAAAUAACCCAGAAAUACUCUUAUAUUUCUUUGGUGGAUUUUGGUUGGUAACUGUUACCAGCAGGAGGUGUAAUGUAUAAUGAGGAGUUGAUUCCUUGCCUAGAAUCAUUUCUUCCCUCUAAGAGUCAUAGGAUUCACCUUUUAUUUUUACAAAGCAUACAUGUAACUUCCACGUUAUAGUCAGGGACCUGAGGUGUAACUUGCUAAGUGAACCCCAAGGUUAUUUUAUCUUGCAAAAGAAACCUAAACCAAACUAAGGGCCUUACAUUUAUGGUUUAGACUGAAUCAAAAGCUGUAACCUCAGUUUUUCCGAAAACAGCUUCUGACUGCAAAGCAAGUCAUGCAGUUGUUAGGUAUGAAAUAGCACUGAUCAGGAAAUGCACAUGCGUCUGGGCAGACUGCAUUUCCUUCCGAAAAGACUUUUCUACUUUUAAUAUAAAUUAAGCCAUAACAGUUUCAUGCUGUGGAAAGAGGGUGAAAAGGUUCAUUUUAAUGAGAUUAUAUGAUAUGAACUUUCACAUUUACUGUGAAAUGUCGAACUUUGCCAGUGCUUCAGCAGGUUUGUUUGAUUUGGGGGUGGGGUGGGGGGAGGGUAAAGGGUGGUGACAGGGAGGGGUAGUAUUGGUUUUAGGGGGUUUAAAUCUGUGAGAUUUGAAAAGGGACAGUUGUUGGCUAUGGUAUUUACUAGUUUUGUAGUAAUGUUUUGCUAGCCUGACUGACUUUCCUGAGCUGAUUUUCAUGCCCAUGGUCCCAGGUGACUGUUAGCCUUUCUCGUUCGGGGUGUCUGCAGAGUAGUGUCUUGUUGUGUGGAUAGGCGGUCAGUGUGUGUGCACAUGUGUGUCCUUUGAAUAGAGAAGCACACUGUGUGACGACAGAGUGAAGUGUGGCUGGGAAGUGGGAUGCUGAAGCUUUAAGAGCAUUUUUUUUUCGAUUCAUAACAGUAUUUCCCAUCUUUUGCCUGCAGGCAGGGAAAGUGUACAGUAUUUAUUUUGUUUCUGUUUUAAAUUUGUAAGUUUUUAAGUAGCUUACAUUGGUUAUUAUAGGGGAGGACAAGUGGCUUGUUUAAAGUUGUAUUUGGUAUUCCUACUUUCCAAUUUCUGUACUUUAAAAUAUUGAAAUUAAAAUUGGUAUUAAUUCUGUUCUGA